AUGCUUGAAAAUGAAACGUUCGAAGAGUUUCCCAAAUGGUACCAAAUUUCAAUGCACAUUUCUGCCUCAAUAACAAUUCCGAUCAAUAUUUUUGGCCUUAUAAUGAUCGCAUUUUUCUCCAAGGCGCAAAUGAAAAAUUAUCGAUAUUAUUUAUUGUUUCAUCAAAUCUGCUCAAUGUUAUCCGAUAUAAUUAUAAAUACUGGAACUUUGCCAGUGAUUUAUUCGCCUUACGCAAUCGGAACUCCUUAUGGUUGGAUGUCUUGGGUUUUCAAAUUGGUGUUGGGUGUGGAGAAUAGCACUUGGCUACAAGCGGUGGGUUUUGGUGUACCAAAAAAUGUUGUUCAUUUCUGGUUUCCAGGAAAUUGCAUUUUUUGGAAUUCUGAUGGCUGCACUAAGUGUGGAACUUCUCUUCUUCUACCGAUAUCAAGUCAUUCUACCACUAAACCAUCCUUGGAAACUUGCCAAAUUCUCAAAAUUCCUAUCGAUUUUCAUUUAUCAGCUAAUUUGGGUCUUCUUGGUCUCUAUUUCAUUUCAUUAUACUGUUUCGAAAGAGCAAACUGGAGUCAAAAAUCAAUUUCGAAAAGCUCAUCCAGAUCUCGCAUUUUUUGUGCAAAACCAGAAUUCAUUGAUCGUCGCCACUGAUGUGAAUCUCAAUGUUUUUCUAUUUUUGUGCUUUUGCUUUAUCCGACUUGGAAGUGGCGCAAUAUUGUGCUGGAUUUUGAUUAUUUUAUCAAGACAUGCUUUGGAUAACAUGGUGAUUUCUGCCAAGACUCGAAAUAUGCACCUCACUUUGAUUCGUCAUCUUUGUUAUCAAGUUUCGGUGCCACUUUCUGCAUUUUAUAUUCCGAUUUUGGUUCUUAUUUCUCCACUGGUUUUUGAGAUUCAUAACACUUUUUAUUCUGGAUUAAUUUCUCUGAAUAUCGUUUCUUAUCACACAUUUUUUGGAACUUUUAGCUUGUUGUAUUUCAAUCGACCUUGGAAGUUUAGGAAUAUUUUUACUAAAAAGAAAUAUUCGGCAAAAUUGGAAAUUUUGAACACAUCGAAUUCGUGGCGGCGGUGA